UCCUGGAUCUUCCUUUUCAGCAACACGCGACAUCCCAACAACCUGACAAAACUCCUCGACGACCUAGUACAGCUACCUCCAUCCCUGAUGCAGAGCAGCAGAUAGCCUACACUCCGCCUUUCAAGCUUCCCAACCGCGACUCGACCCCGCACAUUACCACCUCUUUUCCCUCCCACCGUCUUCCGCAAGUCAAAAAGCUCGUCCAGAAAUUCCCCCCUGGCCAACGCGCUCAGGAAGCUCGAUCUCUGUCAACAUGGGUCAGACUCUAUCGGAGCCGGUAGUGGAUAAGACUUCUGAAAACGGUGGCGAUGAUCGCUUGAUCUUUGGUGUCUCGUCCAUGCAAGGAUGGAGAAUCAGCAUGGAAGAUGCGCAUGCUGCUGUUUUAGACCUACAAUCUGUCGCCGAAGAUGGAAAGGAUUCAAAGCCUGCAGGGAUUGAUUCAAGACUCUCGUUCUUUGGAGUAUAUGACGGACAUGGAGGGGAUAAAGUGGCUCUGUUCGCUGGCGAGAACAUCCAUCCAAUAAUCGCAAAACAGGAAGCCUUCAAGAAGGGUGAUUUGGAGCAGGCGCUGAAGGAUGGUUUCCUGGCCACAGACAGAGCGAUCCUCAAUGACCCACGGUACGAGGAAGAGGUUUCUGGAUGCACGGCUUCUGUUGCGAUUGUCUCGGCAACAAAAAUCUUUGUGGGAAAUGCGGGCGAUUCUAGAAGUGUUCUGGGUGUGAAGGGGAGGGCUAAGCCAUUGUCUUUCGACCACAAGCCCCAGAACGAAGGUGAGAAGGCAAGAAUCACUGCUGCGGGAGGUUUCGUUGAUUUCGGACGUGUCAAUGGCAACCUCGCUCUGUCACGGGCCAUUGGAGAUUUUGAAUUCAAGAAGAGUGCUGAGCUGGCUCCUGAGCAACAGAUCGUCACAGCCUACCCGGAUGUAACUGUUCAUGACAUUUCGGACGACGAUGAGUUCUUGGUAGUGGCAUGUGAUGGUAUCUGGGAUUGCCAGUCCUCCCAAGCUGUUGUUGAAUUUGUUAGACGCGGAAUUGCCGCCAAACAGGAGCUCUCGAAAAUUUGCGAGAACAUGAUGGACAACUGCCUUGCUUCGAAUUCCGAGACGGGUGGCGUUGGCUGUGACAACAUGACCAUCAUAAUCAUUGGGCUGCUGCACGGCAAGUCCAAGGACGAUUGGUAUGAGGAGAUCGCGAAGAGGGUUGCCAAUGGCGAUGGACCUUGCGCACCCCCUGAAUAUGCCGAGUUCCGAGGUCCUGGCGUACACCACAACUUUGACGAUAGCGACAGCGGUUACGAUGUCAAUAUGGACUCAAAGUCAAAGUCGUUCGGUGGCAACCAACGAGGUCGGAUAAUUCUUCUUGGAGAUGGCACGGAGGUCCUAACUGACUCAGAUGACACCGAGAUGUUCGAUCGCAGCGAGGAAGACCGCGAUCUGGCCAGCCAAGUCUCAAAGGGGCAGGCAAUAGAGAGCACCGGAAGUUCCGAGCCAAAGUACAAGGCUGUCCUUGACGAUGACUCGAAGACGGAAGAGAAGUCCGAGUCCAAAGAAAUGUAAUCGAAAGUACUUUGGAUCUCUUGUCAUUCUGGAUCUUCAACCCGAAGAGCUUAGCCGGCGAGUUAUGCAGUAUGAGAUUCUGGGAAGUGGUGUUUCUGGACACUUGUCUACCCUGCAUCAUAGCCUGGAUUGCUGCAGCGAUGUGUUUGUGAGAAUAUGGCGAGGCAUGGUUAUAGCUUCACACAGGACUUCUGUUCCCAGGGUUUAUGAAUGGGCUGAUUGAUGGCACAAGGACCUGGAAGGAAGGUCAUCGAAGCACAGCAUGCAUUGCAACCAUUCGGAACCUACACGGCGGCGCCUCUCGUUCUACUUUUGUUCCCUGAAAUUACGAUUUCCGUCACGCAGCGAGUGUUUAUGUCUUCUUCUGGGUUCUCGUUUUCUAUUGCAUUAUAUUUCGGAAGUGGAAGGAAAGGUCUCUAGAAUUAAGGCAAACAGCUGCUGCAUUUGUACCGAAGAGCGCCAAUUGAUACCUAAAACUAGUUCUGAU